AUUUUAAACAUCAGAGAAAAGGCGGCUUGUGACCGUAGUAGACUUAAAAACAACAUUACAUUUCAAAGCUAUUCCCUCCACCAAUAAUGUUUAUAGGGAUCACAUCCAGUGAAAAUAACGUUAGCACGCACUACGACUAUAAAAUUUGAAUAAGAGGUUGACAACAUGGCUUUGGAUUUUGUAGCGGGAUGCAUUGGAGGAUGUGCGGGCAUAAUAGCUGGUCAUCCUUUGGACACAUUAAAAGUGCACGUACAGUCUGGAAGAGGGAGUCCUUUGGAAUGCACUAAAGCUCUAUUGAAGGGUGGAACCCUGGCUUCUGCGUAUCGAGGGGUAAGAGCACCUUUAGGAGGCGUCGCGGGGUUGAACGCCAUAGUUUUUGGCGCUUAUGGAAACACAAGAAGAUCUUUACCAAACCCUGAUUCUUUGACGUCCCAUGUCGUCGCUGGAGGAGUGGGCGGGUUGCUGCAAAGUUUCAUCUGUGCUCCUGUAGAGCUGGUUAAGACUCGUCAACAGCUCGCCAGGGCUGCUGAUCCGAUACCCGACGGCGCAAUCGCUGGAGCAAGAUAUGUUUUAAAGACUGGCGGGUUCAAAGCUCUCUUCCGCGGUCUGGGCAUCACGAUGAUUCGCGACAGCCCAGCAUUUGCCGUGUACUUUGCCGCGUACGAAGCCAUGACGCGCGACGAUAAAUCUGCAGCUAAAGUGUUCACAGCCGGCGGUUUAGCUGGAGCCGUGUCAUGGAUAAUGUUAUAUCCAGUGGAUGUGAUCAAAUCGAGGUUUCAAGGAGACGUUGUUGGCAAAUACAGUAGUUCUUGGGACUGUUUUGUCAAGUCAGUAAGGUGUGAUGGCUGGCGGUGUAUGGGGCGGGGUUUGGUGGCUGUUACAGUCCGAGCGUUCAUCAGCAACGGAGCCUGUUUUUCCGCCGUGGUGUGGACGGAGCGGGCAUGGCAACAUUGCUCGUCGGAUUUGUCCCUCCACACCCUGGUUCAGGCGGCUUCAGUCAUCGCGGAUACUGGACAAGACAAUAAAGAACGUAGCUUCGACUUGUAAAAUUGUUUUUUUAAAUAAUUAGGUAGGUAUGUAAAAUAUUUUUUUUUUUGAGAAGUAAAGCUAUGUUAUAUAAACUUGCAAACAGAUCUUUGGUUUGGACAUUAAGUGCUAUUGAAAAGCCGUUUAUGUCUGCACCUCCGUGUAAGUCUUUUUAUAAAAGUAAUCUCUCAAACCAAAACAAUACCUACUUAUGUUUACAUUUCUGUAUGUACCUAUGUAUGUUUUAAUACAUUGUAUCAAAAGGAAAGCUACUGUAUUUUAUUUUGAUACUCUAAUAAACGGGACAAAUUACACAGAUUGAGUUAGCCUCGAAGUCCGAGACUUGUGUUACGAGGUAUUAACUCAACGAUACUAUAUUUUAUAAUAAAUACUUAUAUAGAUAAACAUCCAAGACCCAGGCCAAUCAGAAAAAAAUACUGAAAGGCUACGUUCAGCUUAAAUAUUUCAGGGAAAACAAAAACAGGCAAAAAUCGCCAAUCGCCUACAAGAUGAAUUCCACGUUGAUUAACCUUUUCCUUAGUCGCCUUUUACAUCUAUGGGAAAUAAAGGGAGGUUUUUUUUGAAGUUAUCCAUUUAAUAUUAAGAAAUAAAACAACCAAUAUAUGGAGUUAAUAAGUACAAUAUACUUGUCCGAAAAAUUUUAUACAAUUUUCAAAAAUGUUCCAAAAAUUCAGGUAUGAU